GCUGCUGCAAAGUUAGAGGAAGAAGAAGAAGAAGAACUACAGCUACGUCCGUCGGCAACGUGAUACCGUCCUACUACGUCAUUUCUCUGCGACUCUCUGUCACGGCACCGAUCCCUCCAUGUGAACGGCUUUCUCCGAAGUUAUCAUUAAUUAUUGGUUGGAUGUGGGACAGCAAAACAAGCGGCUGAACUGCCUCUCCUUCCAGUGGCCGCUGUCGUGUCUGUCAAACCCAAUGGCCAGCCGUCUCUUGGGCAGAUAUGUCCGCCUGCUCUGCAGGGCCUCCUCCCAGGCUCCAACUGCUGCUGCUGCUGCUGCACGCCUGCCUCCACCUGUGACUGGGCAUGCAGAGGUGCAGAGGGCUCAGGGAUGGCCAUGGGCCACAGAGAGGUUAAUGAGUGAGACAGUUACCCGUGAGGCCACCAUUUCAAAAGGUCCUACACGCACCCAACUGGAUGAGUUGUUGGAUCGGGCAGCAGCACCGGAAGACAUCCUGCUGGCCUGGGCAGAGCAUAGAGGAAAUGCUAAUCAAGCAGCUAAUGCCCUGAUUAAGUGGACUCUGUUGAUGCGGAAGACACAUGGCAAGUUUAAUGGAAAAGAACUCGAAAUAAUGAGGGAUUCAAGACUACUGGAUAUGAUGGAUGUUGUAUCUCAGGGGGUGUUUUCAGUGUGGAACACCACUUUAGUGUCCCUCUUGCGAGCUCUCUGGAUUUUGGGUGAGCCCUUUACUGAAUCAGUCCUUAGUUCUGUCCAGACUGAGGUCCUGUGGCGAGUUCGUAGGCUGACCUACAAGCAGCUGGGCUUGGUGGUAAACUGGGGAGCUGGUAAGAAAAGGCAGAAGGAUGUGGAAAUAGUGACUGCUGCAUUAAAACAGCUGGAACUGCGCUGGACUGAGAUCGCUGAUGCUAAAACUGUCAGCGCACUGAUAUCCAAAGGAGAAUGCAUGUCACCUACUUUGAUGGACAGGCUUGAAGACAAGGCGUUGGAACUCGCCGAGGGCUUUACAGCAGAGGACAUCCGCAAAAUCAGUGCGUUUUUGGCAACUCAAAGCCGCAGAUCGGUGCCAUUGCUCCGAGCUUUGUCCUACCACCUCCUCCAGAGGCCGUCGUCAGAGCUCACAACCCCACUGAUACUGGACAUGGCUUAUGCAUACGGGAAGUUGAAUUUCCAACAUUCUCAGGUAUUACAGCGAUUGGCCUCAGAGGUGUUACCCAGAAUCCCUGACCUCAGCCCGGUCGAUGUCGUACGCUUCGCUAAAUCACUGGGCUUCCUCAAAUGGCUCCACAACCCUCUCUUUGAGGCCUUUGCUGAGCACUUCACGGCAAACAGUAAGAACUACAACAUGCCUCAGCUUUCUAAUCUACUCAUGACUUUUGCCAGAAUAAACUUCCAGCCCAGCAAAGUUGACGACUUCUUCAGCAAGGUUCACUCUGCACUGGAGGACUCUCUAUCAGGCCUGGAUCCCCACAUGCAGACAGACACAGUUUGGUCUCUGUGUGUGCUGCAGCAGGCCAAGCCCCACUACCUCACCCCCCUCUUACAACCGAAUCAUGUCACCAAACUGUCAGAGGGCAGUCCAGGUCAAGUAGAAAACUGGCAGCUGAAGCUCCUUCACAUUGCUGCUUCCCUCCAGUUAGAGCAUCCGGGUUCCUCGGGUCCUCUGACCUCCCAGAGCGCCUUGUCUGUCCCGGCUAGCCGGUUGCCCCUCACACCCCUUCAGAGCAGCCUCAAAGAGACUUUGCAGAGUUUGGUGGGUGGGAGGACAGAGGCCCUUCGCACUGGGGUUGCCACCGUGUAUGGAUGGACUAUUGAUGGUGAGGUGGUAGUGGACAGUGACAACAAACUGAUUGACUUGUCAAUGCUGAAAGCCCCUCAUCUACCCAGUGGUGGAGGAAACGAGGAUUUACCUGCAGGGGCGCGACGGAUUGCAUUCUUGGCUUGGGAAUUUCCAAACUUUGGCUCAAAGAGUAGAGACCUUCUGGGGCGGUUUGUCAUGAAGAAGCGACAUCUCCAGUUGGCUGGCUUAAUCACAGUGGAGGUACCGUAUUAUGAGUGGCUGGACCUGAAGUCAGACUGGCAGAAAUUGGCGUACCUAAAGGAUAAAAUAGGGAAGGCUGUGGCCGAGGACAUGGCCAAGUGAACCUAUUUGUCUUGAGCAAAUUUGCAGGCUCAACUAAAUCAGAGCUUCCCCAGCCACAUGGGACCACAGGAAAUACACAUGUUCGCCCACAUACGCCAUCAGUGCAGGGCGGCAUCGCAGAAAAGCUCUCUCAUACUUUGUAAUAAAAAAGAAAGGAAAAAAAGAAUCAUAUUUUCACUCUGGUUCCCUUGGCAACGUGUGGGGCUUUCCCUGUUUCUAUAGCGAUGGUGACCAAGACAGCAGCAGAAAUAAACACAACAGCGAGUUAAACGACAAAGUUCUUUGCAUGUGCAAGUAUAUUAUGUCAAGACAGAACCAUCUGGGCUAUUUAUAGAACUUUGGCCAAAAUGUUGUGUUUAUGAAUAGAGUUGAAUAAAUAAAUUAUAACUGUGAAUGUGUGUCUUCUAAAAUAAAUUGAUUUAUUGCCA